GUGAAUUCAGUACGUCAUUUGUCAGCUUCUGCUGACACGGACCCAUCGUUGAUCCCACGUCCGAUAGACCCGGCCAGUCCGACUCAGGACCUCAUCAGUACCCCCUUCUCGCGCCUUGAUAGACGAAUUUCAUGUCGAAAACGGUACCGAAACUUCAACCCACUGACUGUUUAGUAACUCAUAUUAGUAUCUAAGAUCAGCAAAAUGACAAGUCUUGCAGCGAAAACUGUCGUGGCUACCGGGGCCUCUUCCGGGUUGGGCUUCGAGCUGGUGAAGCAGCUGCUGGCCAAGCCGGAGCCGUACAGGUUCAUCCUCGGCGCCCGCGACACGGAGAGGACAAAGGAGGCAUACGAUGACCUCAAGUUCGACAGCACCACCCACAGCCUCAUGAUCCUCCCUCUCGAGCUGUCGAACCUCAAGACGGUCAAGUCGUUCGCCCACCAGGCCCUCGAGAAGCUCGGGCGGGACAGGCUGGACUACCUCAUGCUUAACGCCGGCAUGGCCAAGGGCGCCAGCGGCCCCGGCCCGCACGGCUCCAAGUGGUGCGAGCCAUAUGUCGUCAACCAUCUCUCUCAGCACUAUCUGACGCACCUCUUCCGCGAGAAGCUGGUCGAGUCCAAGUCCCGCGUGGUGGUAGUAUCGUCCGGCGCCAUCCGGGCCGUACCCGACACCUCCGUGCUCGACAACCACCUGCUGGCCGACUCUGGCACCGGAGACCAGACCAUCUACUGCGAGAGCAAGUUCGCGCAGCUGCUGGGCGCCCACUGGUGGCGCCGCCAGCUGCCCGAGUGCCGCAUCGUGGCCGUCUCCCCCGGCCUGAUCCCCCAGACCGGCAUCGCGCGCCAUGGGAGCUUGAAGCUUACCAUGGACAUGCCCGAUGCCAAGACCGUACCUGAGGGCGCUCAAAACAUCUGGCGGGCCUUUACCCGUGAUGACUUCCCCGAGGACCCGGAGCAGAUCUUCCUCACCAGCUGGGGCGAGUGGUGGGGCAAGGAUGUCUACGAGAAUUCGCUUGAUAAGGGCUUGCAGGACAAGUGGUGUCCCAGUCUGGAAGAUAUCGAGAAAGAAGAAGGCAUUGCCGCAUAAAAGACUGGAGGCGCCUUGUAGUGAUACAACUGGACCUCAAAAUACGAAGCACCAACUUGCAGCCCCGUGCCUCUGAGUUAGACUGGCAGAGGCAUUUUGCCUCCACACAAAUUGGCCAGAACGCCAAUGGUGAAAGUGGCUGGAACCCUCCCUCAUUUGAGAAUUGCCAAUGAUUGGAGGGUAGUUGCCGCCCGACAACUGCGAUUAAUCUAGUGUCGCUAUAUGAAAGGCACAACCGUACCCCAAAGCCCUGACUCGAGGAUUCUGCUGCUGUCCGCGGCCGUCUGAAAUAGCAGUAUCAUCAUGAGGCAGCGAUAUAUGAUCACGUCAUCAGUGUUCUUAACCCGGUCUUCAGACUCCUCUGGUUCCCUUGGGUCUCCCGUUGGUCCUGCCCCCCCACGUUGGUCGGAUUUUGGAUCCUCUUCCAAGUUGUUGUGAAUCAAGAUGCUUAUUCUGUCCCAAAGGUUCCUCGAAGGAUAAUAUUUCGGGUCCGGAUCCACAAAUUUCUCCAGUUUUUGGACUAGGGAUUGAUUCUCUUCGGGACUUCUUAACACUCUGCAGAGUGCUCGCAACGUCUUGUUAUGAAUCGUCCUAGCAGACUCGACCGAUUCUUGUAGUCCGGUAUUUCCUGGAUCUUUUGAAUGAGCGUCCAGGCAGUCGGGACUUUCCUCUAUCAUCCUCUCUGCGCGUGAGAAGAAUAUGGUUGUGUUGCACAGAAAGACAGAUCGGGUUUCCAUAUUCGGUACUUCUCUAUUGAGCCAUCGGUCCACUUGUUUCAUUUGCUCAAGUAUUAUCAACCUGAGGGCUCUUUGCUCAACCGGUGAUGCCCCGAAGAACCAGGUUUGAAGCUCUUCGGGUCGAUACAGAAGCUUCAGACACAUGUGGAGCACCACACGGUGGCCAUCAGUAGCUUUGGCCCCUUGGCCUGUCCAUUUUGCCGCGGCGUCCACACUGUUGCAAUUAGCGGCUCUGGUUUCCUCCCUUUCUGGAUUUGUUGGUGCCUCUGCUGAUUCGUCGGCCGCUUGAUUCACUGAGCUUCCUCCUGCUCUAGCUCUAUUGCUCGCGCCGUGACUCAUCGCAUGUACCAGCGAGGGCUCAUUUUGAGAGAUCUUCUCUACAAAGGCGCCUCUCAUUCCACCGAAGAAGUCCACCAAUUUAGGGUCGAGAUCAAGGUACAUCUUUUCGAUAUCGGGGCGGCGCACGGUCGGGUCCCCAAUGUCAUGCCACUUGAAUCCGCCCCAGCUCUCAGCAAAGUGAUGUUCUGGCCAUUGGUAUAUGUGCGACUGACUGUACCUUCGAAGAUCCUCCUUUGCCCAAUAAGUACCUUGCAAGGCAAGCGCGGUAAGAGGGAAGCCAGUCUGCAUUGAUGCGACUGGAAACAAUGCAGGGAUGUACCUCGGCGUGCAGGCUUGAAGGCCGAUAAUCAGUGGCAGAAAGCCCUCUGACAGAGCAUCCCGAUCUAUAAAGAAAUACUUUUCUUCGUCUGUGGGGUUCUGCAGUGCAAAGCCUUUCUGGCCCAUGAACCAUUGCCCAAGAAUUCGUCGUCGCGCGGCCUUGGCGUACACAUCCAUUGUCCCCGAGCCACGGAACGGAACGUUGCCUCGGCCGUAUUGCAUUGAAAAGCACAAUUCUUCCAGCCCUAGACCUCCUGAGCAUUCAGAUUUGCGUGGCUUUCCGUAUCUUGAGUAAGCGCCAAUAAGUCCGAGAGAUGGGUGUUGUCGGAAGUCUAUCUGAAACCCAUGGCCAAGGACAAUUGGAUAGUUUUGCUGGUCAAUGUAUAACUUCUGGAUACCGGCCGUUGCUGCAGCUGCAAUGAUAGCCCCGACUUGUCCGUAGGCGGGUGCAGCCAUGAGAUCGUCUGGUAGAUAAUCUGCGGAGACCUCCCGUAUGCUGUCGUUCCAAUCGCGAAUCUCCAACUUGUCCAAGCCCACUUCUUUGAAGAAUUCAAGCCACGCCGCAGAAGGGUGGUGUGAUGGCCAGUGGGAUGACCUCACGACCUCAGAUCCCUUCGGCUGUGAAUUGCAUGGUCCUGACAUCCCACUGGCAGUUCCAGAAGGCAUGCUGGACUGUUUCGCUCUGGAGACAUUCCUCCGCUGGAGUUUGCGACCAGUCUGUGCCUCGUUGGGGGUGUUCCGAGUCUCUAUCUCGUGAUUGUCAAAGUCCUCUUCGACAUGACUACCAUCUAAGGAGUCUUCAUGCUCUGUUAUAGGCGGGAACAAUUUCUCCAGCAAGAUGGGCGUUGAUGCUGUGUAUUGGAAAUUCAUUUCCGUCCAAGACCAUGUUUUUCGAGUUUGCCUUGACCAUUUUCCAAUAGCACGAUUACUAGUUACUCGUCGACUUUUUCCUGUGGCCGAAAUGGCUUGGAAAAUAGUUGCCGAAGCAAAUAAUAGGGCGAGAAUGCCGAUCAGGACCGUGAUCGAAAAGCUUAUUGGGUCCCAAUUGAUUUCUUUGUCGUCGGCUUUCUUUUUCUCGUUAAAUGAUUGGAGUAGUGCACGCAGGAGGCAGUCGGUUGAGUUACUGUCCUCAGGGCACUGGAAGCCGUCGGACCCCAUUAUCUCGCGAGGCGUCUUGAUAAUGUAGGUCGAGUAUGGUCGAAAGUAGACGCACUGGGGCCAAUUUGUUGUGGGGCCUGUUCGUCCGAUGGGAAGAUCGCAACGAGUGGUUGAAGUAUACUGGGAUAGAAGUGAUCGACUCAUGAC